ACGCCGGGAAAGCGACGGAUUUUCUACGACUGUAAAAUUACGGAUUGUUUUGGAUUUUCGACUUUAGUAAAACUGUCGAGUGUUAAGUGUGUUUAGAAAGCGUGUGUUAGUGAUAAUAUUGUAACAAGUAGUUGAAAAAAAAUUGUUGAAUCAGAUUUACAGGGUGACUCACAGAAGAAAAUCACUGUAAACUUCUUUUUACUCUAAGACAUUUUCAAUAACAGUUUCUUGUUUUCACUUUAUCCUAAGUAAAUGCGGAGGAUGUUAUAACUAAAGUGUAGUGAUAGUUAGAACAGUACAUUUUCGAAGAUAUUCCUGAGGUAAAAUGGGCUGUAAUACUAGUAAAGAUACUGUCCCAGUAGAAAAUGAAACUAAAGAACAUCAAGAAGGAGAAAGUGAAAAUAUUGUUGAAGAUAAGAAGGAGAUAAAACUCUCAGAAGAGGGUUCCAAGGAUGUAGUGGGUAAUCAUGUUGAAGAAUCAACAAAUUCAAAACCAGCUUCUGCCAAAACAAUUACUCUCAAAUCAAACGACUCGACUAAUAUUACUCCCAACACAUUCCGAGAAAAUUCUAAAGAAUCAACCUUCGGUGACGUCGGGGACGGUGCUACUUCGGUUGAAAACGAAAGCCAAUUAACCCCGACAGUAGCCCAACAAGACUCGAAAGACGAAGAACGAGCGGCCACUAAAAUCCAGGCAGUGUUUCGAGGACAUCAAACGAGAAAAAGUAUGAAACAACCGACCGGGAAAGUAGAGCCAUCCAAGGCCAACACAAACUCAAAUGAGCCCACUAGGGAGGAACUUGAGGCGGAAUUUCGGUUAGAUGAUGCCGAAUUAUGUAAUGCCGCUACAAAAAUACAGGCUUCUUUUAGAGGUCACAUGACUAGAAAGGGCAAGGAAGAACAUCAGAAAAGUGAAUCUAGUACUUCUCAAGUUAAAACACCGAAUCCAGAAGAGGAAUUGGACAUCGAUCUUUCAGAUCCAGAUUUGAACAAAGCUGCUGUCAAAAUACAAGCUUCUUUCAGAGGCCACAUGACUCGUAAAGAUGAUCAAAAAUCCACUAAUUGAACAGUGGAAAGUACAUUUUUAGGAGACAUUAUCUUUUAUCUGGGUAUUGUCACAACGGUCGCGAUUUGAUGUAAUUUGUCUGCAAUUAGCGAUUCAUCGAGACAUUUUCGUUCAUAUCAGAACUACAGAGAUAUUAGAUAUUAUCUUCGUUGUGAUUAUAAUCAUAUUAGAAGUAGAUAACCAAGUUUUCUAUGCUUUUACGAUCGUUUCGAAAUAAAACUGCGUUGCUUAUUCAUUCGAUUUUGACAAUAUAAUUUAUGAAGAUUUAAAAGAAACAACUGAAAGGGAAUCCUUACAGUAGGUAUCAUUUUAUAUUUAAUUUCUACCAGAAUAUUAUUGUAUAUGCCAUAAGAAUACUCUUAAUUCAAAGCAUUUGAAAAAACAAAGAGAAAGAGUGUAAUAAGAUUUUACCUGUAUACAUAUGUAUAUCCAAAUCUCACAAAUUGAUGUUGAAAGCAAACUUGUGAUCCUUUCUUAAUUCUAUACCAACUUAGAUUUAACGAAUGUGAAAAUUAGACUAACAAGGUAAAAGUUUUUAAAUGCUUAUGAUAAUUCUAAACUUAUAUUGAUGUUGCUCAGGCCAAAUUAUAUGAAUUUUGAAUAUUAAACCUUCAUUGAAAUCACAUUGUAAACUGAUAGGUUGAUCUUGCUAUUGAUUUAAAUAUGAAUGCAAUAUUAUGAUGUUGUUAAGAGGCAUAAAAAUUAGCAACGUUAUUAAGUGAUGAUGAAGUUCAUAGGGAUAAGAAAGUUGAUGCAAAAAACUGAUACCAACUGCAAGAUCUUCUAGAAAUCUCUCCGCUAAAAUAUAUUGCAUCAUUCAUUGCUCCAUGUCAAGCAGCCUCUACUGAAUUUAGUUUUUAGCGAAAUUGAAAUUUGAUUUAACUCACUGAGUGAAAAAUUUAAGCGGUAACGAAUAUUUGAAAACUUUUACUUUAUGUAGCUUAUCAAAAAUACUUUAUUGGAAUAAUGUAAUUGCGAACAAGCCUUUUCAUUCAAUAGCUUUUUAAUUGCCAAUUGAUAGUUACCAGAUGUUAUAAAUAAUUAUUUAAGUAAUAAAAUUCAAUGUAUAUGUUAUGUCCCAAGCCCGAUCUUGUACGGAGUCGAGCUUCGUACAAUGAAUUUGUACGAAGUCCGAUCUGUACAAGCCAUUUUGUACGAAGCCGAGAUUGGCGGACUUCAGGCAGAGAUGAUUGUACGAAGUCGACUCUGUACAACGCUGGUUGUACGGAGUCGGAGCAUCGAUACUCACUCGGUAAUGAGCGCGUUAUUCCGAAGUAGUACACGCAACCUAACCUAACCUAACCUAACCUAACAAUAGAUGGUAGCCAACUAGCCGGAGAACAUACUUUCAAUCACAAUAACUACGUUUGUGUUUACUAACAUCUUAAUAGCGCGCUCAUUACCGAGUGAGUAUCGAUGCUCCGACUCCAUACAACCAGCGUUGUACAGAGUCGACUUCGUACAAUCAUCUCUGUCCGAAGUCCGUCCGCCAAUCUCGGCUUCGUACAAAAUGGCUUGUACAGAUCGGACUUCGUACAAAUUCAUUGUACGAAGCUCGACUCCGUACAAGAUCGGGCUUGGGACGUAACAUAUAUAGAAAUAAUUAACCAGAAGAAGCCUCUGAAAUUACUCAACAUGGAACAAGAGACGAAUUCAUACAUAUUGCCUGUGUGAAAAAGUGUAAUGAGCUAAUAAAUUAUUAACAGAAAGUUAAUAUAUCAGCAUAUCUAAAACAUAAAGAAAUGUAGAAAUAUAGGACGUUUUCACAUGCAAAUUGUGUUUUAAGAAUAUUAAUUCCAAAUAAUUAAAUUAAAUUUGUUUCAAUGGCAUUCCAAUACAUGUGACAUGUGAAAUGAAGAUAAUUUAUACGUCAUCCCUUCGAAUAAUUGUAGCCUUGGAAUGAUCUUUGAGUUAUUUUUGUUAUCUCAUUUAAAAUAACAUUAAUUAUUUAAUAAUUUUGAAACAUAAUCACUUUAUUAUGCUUUAUUUAUCAUCUGAUGAUUGCUUUAUAUACAAUCUAGUUCUAAGGGCUACUCUGUUACCAAUACUUCUUUAUCUCCUUCAUUCCAUGUCCAGUACAGCUUUCAUCAAAUACGCAUUUUAGUCUUAAUAUUUUUCCAUAUCAUUUUAAAAUACCCCCUACCUAAAUAUUUUCAGUUCUACCAAUGAAAACACCCAAGAUUUGUGGAUAGAAGAAUAAAGAAAAUUCGCGUCUAGUUAAAGUCAAUUUGUUCUCUACAGUCGCCAAUUUCAACAAGUGAAGGAUACAUUAUCAAACUUUCAUAUGCAACGCAAAAAUAUUGCCAAAUGACAAUUUGGACAUUAGAUUUUUGAUUUCCUAGUUUAGACUGAAUGUUCUAUAGAACAGUAAAAAAUAUAUUGGAAGUAGCCAGUUUAAGUACAACAGUUAAUACUUCUUGUAAAACAUCUGGUACCUAUUAAAAAUGCAUAUAUAGGAUUGUAAUAAAAUGUAGUCAUAGGUUUUGAUUACCGACUUAUUUCUUAUGUCUUUUUAAUAGGCAGCGUAAAAAAUUUUUAAUAAAGCAAACUUCAGAUAUGAGGUUGAAUUCUAAAAUAUCCACAGAAAAAUUUAAAACAAUGAAAACAUUGCAUAUAAAAGCGGAUUAUUGCAGAGCAAUAUAAAUAAAUCAGUUUCUAUUUUGUGAUAAUGAAACAAAAAUAACUGAUUCGAAUUUAGAUUUGAGAUGCAAAGCUGACUGAAGCUCUCUGUCAAUCAAACAAAUAUUGCAUACCAUACUGAGUUGAGCAGAAAUGUAUACGUGAAUUCCAACAUUAUUUUUAUCACCGGUUUUUUAUUGCCUUAUUAGAACUAUCAGUAGUUUUCGAUCUACAUAUACUCAGCUCAUUAUAACCCUGUAGGUACAUCUGAAUACCUAUUCCUAAUUCAGAAGUUAUUUAGAAAUUAUGCCUUGAAGUGAAGUUUUUAUUUGAAUUAUUCUAGUCAAAUAAUUAAUAAUCUUUGUGAAAGAUAAUGAAGAACAAAAUAUGAUGUAUAAUUAAGGAUUUAAUCAAUAAUUGAAUCCUUGAUUUUUGUAAUGUAGAAUUCACAGACUAUAUACCCUAAGAAAUAUCUUCGGGCAGUGAAAAACUGAACAAAUUCUUUUUGAAUUUUAACAAAAAAUUCAACCGGACAGGUAUACUGGAGCUGUAAAAUUUAUUAGAGUGGUUUUAUAUAAAGUUUGGUAGGUUUAUGAAAAGAUUUACACCAAAACUCAUGGAUUCAUCUUGAUUCGGGACAAAAAAUAUCUUCAUUUUCAUGAGUCGAGAAUCAAAAUCUACAUAAAAAUAUUCCACAGCUUAUUAACAACACCAAUCUUCCGAUUUAGGAUUUUUAAUAUAAACAUAUAUUUGAUCGGUUAGAUUGUAAAUGCAGUUCAUUAAAAUAUACACUUUGUAGCUCCUACAACAUGAAUUAUUAGUAUAUUUUGCUUGCGUGGAACAAUUUAUAAAGAUACUUAUGAUUUCGUUUGUGAUAUUUUAACACUAAAAGCUACAAAUGAUGUUGAGCAGAUUACAAUUCACGCAACAUAAGUCCAAAGAUAUUACAUUGAAGACGAUAAGAUAUAGUGAAUUUAGAUUUGUUGCCGUGGUCAAAUAAUUUCUACCAAAAAGGAAGAAACUAUAAACGGAGAAUACACUGUUUGGUUAUCGAAACGCGUGUCAGACAGUGUAAUAGUGAGUAUUGGUGGUGUAAACAGUGUAUUCAGUUGAAAUAUGUCUUAUAAUAUAGUGAUUGUGGAAACAAAUAAAAAGUAAUGUUCUUUUCACAUUUUUAUGUAAUGUCUUUGCUUAAGAUGUAUACAAACAGUACUUUUUAAAGUAUUUGUAUGUAUGUACUGAAAACAUCAAAGGCAUAUUGCACAUCUUUGUGUAUGCCUCUUUAGUUUCCAAUUUUUAGUUUUUUCAUAUCGUUCAUCGACUCGUCUACAUCUCACUUUGGGUCUAUCUCUUUUUCCUCCUCCAGUACUAUGUUAUUGCUUCAUCUUGGCGAUAUUUCAGAAUUUUACCAUUCAUAAUAAAUUCUAUUAAUUUCCUGUAGUGGAAAUUGUUGUCAAAGUUCUAAAACCAUUUUUGCGAUAACCGUUAACAUUUUUGUGAAUUAUUUCUCCAAUGAUUUUCACAAAAUAAUUAACCAAAAUUAUGUCACAUGGAAGACAACACUAAAAAAUAUGUAAGCUACAUAAGAAUUCGACUAAGAAAAUUAUUAUUGUUCCUCAACCUAAACAUGGAAAAAUCAGAAAUUUUACGAGUACAAAAGAGAAAAUAUCAAUUUAGAAGAAAUAUACAAAAUUAUCAAUAUAACAAAGCAACUUUUAAUACCAGAAACCACUACUAAUACUAUUUUUUGGAUGAUGCCAAGAAGGUUAAACAAAUUAAUCAUUACAAAAAUAUUGUAAAUAAAUAAAAUGAAGACUCCAUAAUAACAAAAAAAAAACAAUAAAAGCUUUAUAAUCUUUCAUCAAUCCAAAUUCUAUGAUAUAAUAUUGAAUUGACACAAUAUUGAGUAUUUCGUAUAGGUCAUCAGAAAAUUAUAAUGUACGAAAAUUAAAUGUUUGAUACUGGUCUAAGAUGAUUAAUCAAGAGUCGUCGCACUAGUUGAACAAUAUACGAAAUUAGUACUGUAUGUAUACCUGCUUAAAAUAAUUAUGAGAAGUUUAUUAUAUUCAGUGUUAACAAUAAAUUAACCAAUAUUUAUAUACAGGAUCAAAUACAUCUUAAGAUCAUAUACUUGUGAUUGAUUUCCCAAAAAUUUUAUGUACUUUAUAUUUACUGUAAUAAUAAGUUUAAUUUGAGGUACUUAAUAAAAUGAAAUGAAACUACAAA